GGCUUAGUUUUAUCUAAUUUGCCUUAAUUCUUUCUGUUUUUUAUUUUUGACAAACCCCCCUGCCGUCUAAUUCAAGACAGACUUCACCAGCUGACAACUUAGUCUCUAGUUCGGAUUUAUUAUACCUGACCCUGGACUAAGUUUGAUUUGCAAGCCUAUUACAGUUGUAUUUUACCCGUUUUGGGACGUGCUUUCGCUUCCCGGUUUCAAAGAUAAAAGGAGUGCUAUUUGCAUAUUUUUUUUGCAAUCCUUUAUAAAGGUUUUUCACGAUGCUUAAAAGUCAGAGUAUAUCGAACUUAAGUGAACAACGGAAAUCCAAGGCUUCCGGAUUUUUGAAUUCUUUGAAAUCCAGAAAAUCAUCUUCGAAAGAUUUGAAAUCGUACCUUCGUACAAACAAUAACGUAUCAAACACCGAACAUAAUAAUAAUAAUUCUAAUAAGAAUAGAAUAACUGCAAGUAUGAGUUCAAUAAGUCUUCUCCUGAAGCUUCACGACCAUCAAGAUGGACAUUCGCCUUCGAAAAAUAAAAAUGACUAUAGCUCAACCGUGGCUAGAGAAAGAGGUGCAAGAGUUCUUGAUAAAGAAAACUACCUUCCACCAAAUCAUACUUUGAAAAAUAAAAAAUCAAGUUCAUCAGUUGGUUCAUUCCACGAAGAAAUCCAACCACAUCUGUCCCCCUUUAAAGCUCUUAAAACAAGAUCAAGUGCUCCAAAUUUAAAAUCUGGUACUUCAUUAUCAACAUCACCAAAUAUUUCUGCACCUUGUACUAAUAUUGCUUCAAUAACUCCUCCUCCAGAAAAAGAAUCUUUUAUGAAAAAAGAUUCUACCUUUUUAAGUCUUAGUUCAAUAGCUAAUAACGUUCCAAAAUCUCCUUCAUUGAUUAAUAUUUUAAGUGAUGAAGAAACCAUUGCUGACUCAAACUCUCCUUAUACUCCUCCAACAUUCCAUCAUUUUGAAACCCCAGAAUCUCCAGAUGCUUUAAUUGACGAUUCAGCAAUUUCUUUACAAGCAUUUGAUUAUUUUAGUAGUGAUGAUUUAGAUUUUGAAGAUACUGUGGUUGAACAAAGCGAGGAUGAAGAAGAAAAUGAUCAAUUAGUAUCGAAAACUACUCUUGAAAACAAAAAAAAUAAAAAUUAUCGAAGAUUACAUCGUACUACUAAUAUUUUAAAUAUUAGUGAAUUUAUCAAAUCAAUUGAUCAUUCCAAUGAGGAAAUUAUUCCAAUGAAUAACCGUUGUUCUUUAGAAUUUGAACAGAAAGAAUGUUAUAAAAUUAAAUUAAAUUUAUUAGCAGCUGCAGAAAAAGAAAUUGAUGCAAAACCUUUGAUCGAUUUGCAUUUAGUUGAAAAUGUAAUGUUCUUGAGUAUUAAACAACGUGAAAUUCAAUCACAACAAUACGAACUCGCUUCUAAAUUAGAUUCUUGGUAUGAUCAAGACUAUUUUGAUGUUUUGAAAAAUGAUCCUUAUCAAAGUGAUGAUGACGAACUAUACUUAAAUUUGUAA